AUGGACGAAGGUAGUUAUGCAAACAGCGAUAAAGAAAUUGGCAAAGUUGCUGAUUCAGGCGGAAAUCCGGGCUCGGCAUUUAGGAGAGCAGAAAAUGUGAACCAAGUGGUAGAGAAUGAGGAGGAAGAGAACGAAGAAGAUGAGGAUGGCUCCGCUGAUAAUUGGACCCAACACAUACCUGAUGACUUUUACUACGAUCUUGAGACCAUAGUUGCCACACCGCAUAUGCCAGAGGAGAGCGGCUUGCCUGAGAACUUAUUAAAGCUCUACCACUCCUUCGGCUGCGACACCCUUCGCCGAGACAACCUUAAAAUUCUCGGCACUGAUAGUGUGGGUUUUGUGGUGGGAAACUAUUUCGAAAUCCGCAACCUUGUUAAUGGAGAACGUAACUACCUUCGCUCUACUGGAGGCCUUGGCAUCGGCGCUGCUGACGUCCAUCCUGAAAGUACACACAUAGCUGUAGCAGAGAAGGGCGAGUUGCCUAACAUUUGCAUCUACGAGUACCCCAGUCUCAAACUUUUCCGUAUUCUUCGAGAGGGCACCCAAGUUGCCUAUACCUCGUGCCACUUUACUCCUGAUGGAUCGCUGAUCGCAACAGUGGGAGAUGAGCCCAACUACCUGUUGACAAUUUGGGAUUGGCGCGAGGAGCGAAUCGUCCUGCGUAACAAGGCCUUCUCACAGGAGAUCUUUCGAGUGCGUUGGUCGGAUGACCUGCGCGGCGUCCUAGUUACUGCAGGUUUGGGGCACAUCCGCUUUUGGAAGAUGGCAAAGACCUUCACAGGGCUCAAGCUGCAGGGAAGCAUUGGGAAGUUCGGCAAGGUAGAGCUUUCCGACAUCGAGGGUUUCGUUAUCAUGCCUGAUGGAAAGGUGCUCUCAGGCUGCGAAUGGGGGAACCUUCUGCUGUGGGAGGGGGACCUGAUCAAAGUGCAAAUAUGCCGCAAGGACGGAUCGCCUUGUCAUGAUGGGCUCAUCAUGCAUAUUCUCAUCUAUGAAGGUGAACUCUUCACUAUCGGCACGGAUGGCUAUGUUCGUACCUGGGAAUUCGAGGCAAUUGACCAGGCUGAGGCGCAAGAAGAGGGGACGUUUUUGGAAUUGGAACCGAUGAAUGAGCUGCGUGUUUCACCUCAUGCAAAACUCAUGUCCCUGCAGAAGGUGGAAGUCGGAGGGACGGUUUUUUGGUAUUGUAUGGACGCCAACGAUGGAAUAUGGAAGUUAGACUUGAGUUUCUCGCACAUAUCUGCUUCACCGCAGCUGAUUUUGCCCUACCAUGCAGGGGCGAUUGUGGAUUGUGCGGUUGCACCAAAGUCUUAUCUCGCUGCUACGCUCGGCUCUGAUGGCAGUGUUCGGGUUUUCGAUGUACUCAAGAAGGCGAUGUUAGGUUAUAAGCGUUUCAAUGCCUGUGGGCACUGUUUGAUUUGGGCUCCCACGCAUAUUGACCCAAAGGGAAAGACAAUAGUGGCUGGUUUUGCGGACGGUGUAGUCCGUGUUAUGCAAAUCACGUCCGAUGAUGUUGAGAACGAAGAAAAUCCAUCUUCUCAGGUGGUCAGCAUCGAGCUCAUGCAAGUGCUCAAACCACACACGGACGCCGUAAUGACCAUGGACUACGACCCGGAAGGAGUGCUCUUCGCUACCGCCAGUGCUGAUAAGACUAUUUUCCUAUUCCACAUUGACGGUCUUCGUAUCGUACCAAGUGGAUUUGUUAGAAUUCCCACGAAAGCUAUGAAAAUCCAAUGGCGCUACCCGAAUUUGAAGGACACAAUACCAACUCUCCUGCUCUUCCUAGACAACAGUUGCGUGAUUGAGGUAUUAGUGCCAUUACGCAAAGCCCCGGAAAAAGGGACAUUUGAGAUAACCGACGCGAUACCGAUUCGAGGUUUUCAAAUGGAAAGUGUUGCCGGAGGUUUGCGAGUGAUAGAAGAGAACAUUUCCCGUCGAGCGGCUUAUGAGGAGGCCAAGAAGAAGCGACAAGAAAAUACACAAAAACUUCUCAAUGAAGGUCUCAUUAAUGAAGAGGAUUUGACAAAAGCCAUGGAGGACGAGAAACGACUGCACGCAAAACUCGAAGAAGAGCUAUCCCAAAUAAAAGCAAUCGUACCUGAAAAGCCUUCACCAAUCAUUGGAGGGAUGGUUUGUCUUGAAGAUCCGCACCUUGUGUGGAUUAAUAUGGGUGAUUUUGACGCUGGUUACAUGUACAAGUGCAAUUUGAUGGACCUAAUGGACGCCCCUCCAAAGACCGGAGAAAACCAAGCUGUUGAAAAGCGAGAGUUGACGGAGCUGGAGAUGGUGCUUCCGCGAGUGCGAUCAAUGAAACCACUACAAUCUCCAAAAAUCAUUGACUGUAACGACUCACCACUGCUCUCGUGGAAGUUCAGUCUCAGUGGUAGUCGCGUGGUCAUGGGCUUCCAGAAUGGAUUGCUACGUGUUCAAAUGUUAGAAAAGGCUUUUGAUUUCAGUCAGAUGGGCGCUUUCUGGACGUACGCUUUUUCGGACAACGAUCGUGGACCUGUAAACCGAGUUCAACUCACCUUCGACGAUAGUUUUCUCCUAACGGUUGGAGGAGAUGGAACCUUCUUCGUACUGGAGUUGAUGUCCGAAUCAUUUCAAGCUCAGGAGGUUGGCAAGCUGCUAGUCAAACUUCCUUCCUCCAGUCACGAACCUGUAGAAGAGGAUAUUCAAGAUGCUAAUGAGUUCAGCAUUGAACAGGCACGUAAAAAGAUGGAAUGGGAUAAACUUGUUGAGGCUGGAGAGGAAAAGAAACGGGAAACCAGAAAGCAGAUUGCGGAGUUGCGACUGCGGUUCAAGCAACUGAAAGAGCAGAAUGACCGACUGCCCUCUCAUAUGCGCGUAAACAGUCGGGAGUACGAAAUGUUGGAACGAUUGAGAGAACAGCUCAUGAAUCAGCGACAGAAACAAAUGGAUAUAUUAUACAAAGAAGUGGCGUUCCAAAGUCGGAAAAAAUCAAUUGCGCUUCAAAAGUUGAUCAAUAGAUUUAGAAAGGAUCUAGCCUGUGAAUACAUUGUGCUAAAGGCUUUCGGAACUAACGAUUGGGUCAGUUCAAUAAGGAAGAUCAAGCUACCUCGAGGCCACUUUGAACUGAUGCAGCUACUAGAGGACCAGUUAAGGCAGGAGCGAGAAGCAGAAAUGGAAAGUAGACGGAAAACUAUAACUCAAGAUAAGUCGCAGUCCCGAGUGACAGAGAUCCUAUCGGCAAGCAAUUUGGAUUUGAUCAAGCGCUCGAAAGUCAAAGGUGCAAGAGGCCUUCGCUAUAUGCGGCAAUUGGAGACCUUGGAAGUGGCCAGACUGAAGCGCGAGAAACGUCGUCAGCAGUGGGAGGAGCUGUACGCAAGGAAGCCCACGAACAAGUGGGAAGACCCCCUUGAUGUAGCAGCGAUAGAGUUCGUCAAAAACAACAUGGGCGACUUCAAAUUGAAAUCCUCACCCAGUUACUCUGUACCGGAAAAUAUGAAGCCCACAGCCAUUAAAUCGCGCCUAACCCUACUUGAAGCAAUUACCCAGAUUUCGCAAAGGCAAGACGAUUUCAACCAGCGUCUCUUGAAGUUGCGUAAUAAAAAAGCAACCAUUAUCAAAGAGCUGAAGAUUAUUGAUGAAUCUCUUAAACAGCUCUCUGAGGAUUUACCUCCAAAUAGUAUAGUUGUUCGUCUGAAAAUUGAUAACCUCGAUGACGAUGAGUUUCCUGAAAGGGCGUUUGAUGCCACAGAUACCGCUUUGGAAACUUACAAAAGAUCAGUCAAUGCUGUGGCGCCUUCAGAAGAUGGGAAACUUCCCCUACUGAAAAAGACCUUGUCCAACCCAGAUGAGCCACGGUCAGAAUGCGUUCCAGAUUUUUCAGGACUGAAUGUAGUAAUGCACGAUGAUCGUCGAGUUCUUUUCGUCUCAACAGCACGGCUAGUUGAACCUAAGAGCUUCUAUACCCUUGAUCUUCCCUUUCCGCACCGCCCAGAAAUAGUCGGCUUAUCCCUAUAUUCCAUGUAUCCAGAGGAGCAACUGCUCCAGCCUUCAGCACAUGUUUUGAUGACCAGGCAGCCUCUUCAACCGGACAGCGUGGUGGACACUAUUGAUGAAGAGGAUUCGAUGAAAAGGGGUCCCAAAAGUCUGCUUGAAAAUGCCACGACACGCAAAGAUGGGGGACAUCCAAGCCUUUUUGAGAGCUCAGAUUCACACGAUUCGGAAGAAAACAUGCAUUUGGAAAUGGAUCGACAGAACUUGCACUACGAAAGGGCUCUUUACAAACAGCAGUAUCUGGUUACUGAGGCUGGAGCCAUGGUCCGCUGCUUCAACAUGGAAUUGCGUACAUUGAGUCAUCAAAAGGUGAACCUUGACUUGCUGAUGGGGCGUGCAAAUCUUAAUUUGCUCAUUCUGUAUGAAGAGUACAAACUACUGACCGAGUUUGAAAAGGCAGAACAAGGUCUAGCAACGAAUUAUGAGGCCAAAACCGAGGAAAAGAAUGAGGUUGACCGAAAGGUUACUGAGACGGAGGUGGAGAUCGCAGAAACGUUGGCGAACAUCGAACGAUUGGUAGCGAAAGAAAACGGAGUUCACGAAAAAUUCAAGGAAUUCCUCGGUGAAAACCACAAAUGGGGCGAUUUUCUCCACAAGGUCUACAGAAAGAGGGUCAAACGGAAGGUAAAAGGUGUUGCCACCGACGAAGGGGAAUCGGGUGGGUCAUUGUCAUCCUCGUCGGAGGACUCGGAGUGGAACGAGUCAGAUGAGGCGGAGGAGAAUGAGAAUGAUGACGACGAGGAAGGUAACAUCCUUGACCUCGACAUCUGCCCAUCGGGCUGCGCGCAGGCAGAUUUCGAUCAAACCAUCUUCUUUCGCGAGCAGCGCCUCGAUGUAGAGGAUGAGAUCUCAGACCAAAAACGCCUCCUCGAAGCCCAGCGAAAGGAGGCGGAGGCCCUCGCCAAACGGUCACGGUCAGCGCAGCAAAGUCUGCAACAGGCUACUGCGGAGUUGCAAGCCUUUCAGUUGGAGAAACAGAGGAAGUUGAACGUCCUCGAGCGCUUGGUCAGUCUGCGACUGGACCAGGUCAUUUUCUUCGAGGACAAGUCACUUCCGCAGGACUUUGCACCGAUCCUUGUCUUUAGGCACGACAACGUGAAUCGCCUGCGACGGCGCAUUCAGGCACUGGAGGAUGAGAAACGUGUUCAGCGGAAGGAGAAGAGACAAGCUAAGGAGAAGCAUCUCAUGCUUCAACGCCACAAAAAAGUCUUUCUGGAAGAGUUGAAGAAGAUGGCAGUGAAGUGCGACCUGAUGAUGAUUGACAAGUUCGGUCGCCUGGACGACUUAGAAAAAUUGGAAACGAUUCAUCCCAAGGUGGAAGAGAUCACACUUCGCAUGCUGGCGUUACAGGCGCGCAUCCAACGGGAAGAGGAUGAGGCGGAAGAGCGCCUGCGAGAUGCUCGAGACAUCUACGUCGCGCAGCUGCGUGAGAACACUCGUUUGGUAGUGAAAACUCUCAUGCUGUUUAAUGAGCUGCAAACCCUCUCCGCCUCCAUGGACAGUUACAUGCGCAAUCCAAAUAGAGAACUUUGUGAAGGAAUCAUUAAGGACAGAGUCGAAACAGCGAAUCGCCUAAAAGUUCUGCAAUCUCAGGCUGAAGAAAUUAAUAAGCUGACGGCAGAAAUCCGAUGCCUAUCGGCAAAGGCACCCAAGGUGCUCCCAACCGUUCAGGCGCCUUCAACCAUCCGACCGAGUACCGAUUCCAAGCUUAAUUCAAUGAACAAGGUACCGGGCUACUGGCAGCAGGAAGAACCCACCCGGCGCGGUGCAGCGGCUAAGUCAAAGGCAGCUCCACACAAAAGCGGAGUUAAACAACCAACGUAUUAA